UUUUUUUUAUUUUAUUUUUUUUUUGACCUUUAAUCUAAUUCUCCUUCUUCUAUUUUAACCCUACUCUUUCACUCACUCACUCACACUCUCCCUCUCUCUCUCUUACUUCCUCCUUCCCUUUCUUUCCUUCUUUUCUACUAUUACUCUCUCUUUUUUUUCUAAGUGAUCUAUCAUGUCAAAUAAACGUCCUACUCCUUUCUAUUUCGGUGGUGCAGCCUCUUGUAUUGCAGCCAUGGUGGUGCAUCCUUUUGAUUUAACCAAAGUACGGUUACAAAAUACCAAGGGUGCUGGUAACCAAGGUAUGUUUGCUACCAUGAUCAAGAUUGCCAGAACAGAAGGUGCCUUACAACUGUAUGCAGGUCUAUCAGCCAGUAUUCUUCGACAAGCAACUUAUUCCACUGUACGUUUUGGUGGUUAUGAAAAAAUGAAACAUAUUGUUUCCAAUGGUCAAGAUCCUAGUGUAUGGCAACUAUUGAUUGCUUCAAGUACUGCUGGUGCUCUUGGAGGAGCUUGUGGUAAUCCUGGUGAUGUGGUAAAUGUACGUAUGCAAAAUGAUGGUCAACUUCCUCCUCAACAACGACGAAACUACAAACAUGCUUUGGAUGGUGUUGUACGUAUUGCUAGAGAAGAAGGUAUUACUUCCUUGUUCCGUGGGUUGGGUCCAAAUAUGAAUCGUGCUAUCCUGAUGACUUCCUCGCAAUGUGUUUCUUAUGAUACCUUUAAGGAUCUACUUCUUCGUUAUAGUCCUUUACAAGAUGGUUUGAUUCUUCAUUUCACUUCAAGUACAUUGGCUGGUUUGGUGGCAACAACAGUAUGUUCUCCUGUGGAUGUGAUCAAAACUCGUAUCAUGACAGCUAGUUCAUCUGAUCGAAAAAUGUCCUCUUUCAACAUCAUGUCGACUAUGUAUAAAAAUGAAGGUAUGGCUUCCUUCUUUAAAGGUUGGACUCCAGCAUUUAUCCGAUUGGCUCCUCAAACUAUCAUCACCUUUGUCGUGUUAGAACAAUUCAAGAAAUGGCAUGCAGCAUGGCAUGAAAGUCGAUUAUUAGUGGCCAAGAUCUAGAUUAGUUUUAUUCAUCUUAUUACAUUUUUUUUUUUUACAUAUCAUUUCAAUCACACACACACACAUUCAUUCAAUAUCAUUAUGGCAUCUUUUUUUUUUAUUUAUUUAUUCUCACUAUAAUAGCUUAUUCUCUUUUUUUUCCUCCAAUUGUCAUCUCGAUAACAUCCAGAAUGACAAACAUAUAUCUUAUCUUGUCAAUAUAGACCUUUCUUUAUUAUACAAUAAACGUUUAUAUCAAUUUGAUUCUUAA